AUGGCCGGAUCGAAGAGAUACCCGACGAACCGUGGCAAGCAGCCGGUUACUGAUUUGCCUGAAGGUGAAGAAGAAUCCGUUGAGCAGGAGAUUGUCGCUGCCCUCGACCCGAAUACCCCGACCCCCGAACCGCAGAGACCAGUUGAUGCUGGUGAACAUGAUGAAGAUGAUGGUAAUGGAGAAGGUUCCUUCAUUCGCGAACGACUGCAGAAGACCCCGACUCGUGAACGAUUUCACGAACUCGCCCGCGAGUACCAGAACUUGAAGAAGAAAGUCCAGGAAUUAGAGGACGAAGUGACGGUCCUACAUUCCGAUAAGAUUGAAACCGAGAUUGUUAUCGAGUCGCUCACACAGGAGCGAGAUGAGGCGAUUGCUCAUCGAGACCUUGCAGUUCGUGAGAGGGGUGAUCUUGCAUUGCGUCUCGUGAAUUUACAGAACCAAGCUGGCGCACCGAUUGUGGAGGCCACCGCGACCCGAAAGACUACAAAGAUGCCGGAUACUCCGAUGUUUAGCGACGGUAAAGAAGUCCGAUUUGAAACAUGGGAAACCGUGAUCCGACAGAAACUCGAAGCGAAUACCGACCACUACCCGUUGCCUAUACACCGUAAGCUCUAUGUGCAGAGUCGUUGUGAAGGCAAGGCUCAGUUGCAUAUUGCACCCCGAAUGAGUUCUGAUUCAAGUAACGCAUACGUGGACGCCGAGGAUAUGAUUGUCCAUCUAAAGACUGUCUUCGCGAAUCCGAAUCGACGUGCCGAAGCCUACACCGCAUAUCACAAAUUGAUAAUGACGCCAAAGGAUCACUUCACCGAUUUCCUUGCUGAAUUCAUGCAGCUUGCUGAAGAAGCUGCCGUGAUUGAAGAGAACCGUAAACGUGACUUGUAA